AUGUUAUAAACACAUAUGUACCUAUUAGCAUUGUUGCCAAUUAUAGUUCUGUCUACUUGUGGUAUGUAUUUAUUUUUGAUUUGCAAGUGACAAAGGAGCUAUAAGAUCAUGUUUAUCCAACUGUGAAAGAAUAUUACAAAUGGGAAAUCAGAAGAUUUAUUUAAGGUGAUAAUUUGAUAUAUGAAUUGGAUUCUCCUACAACUCUAUUUCAACUUGAAUAACCUUUACAUAAAAUCAGUGAAGAAGUUCAUUUUGCUCGUAAUAACAAUAUUAAUACUUUUAGCACAUAUUGAAAUUAUAGCCAUAAGAGCUUUUGAUAUACCAGAAACUGGUGCAUGGACUAAUGAUUUUGCCUUCAUGGGUCAAGAUCCUGAGGACAAUUCUUGGUGGAUUUACUAUGCAGAAGGGUAAUGAAAAUAUACCAUAUCAUCAUAGAAAAUAAAUAUAAAUGAAUGUGGCUCCUUCAUUUACAAAAGAAAUUCAAUUCAUAAAUAACAAUCGUUUAAUGAAAUGUUUGGAUCUUGAAUAUAUUGACAGAGAUACAUUUUUAGUUGAUUGUAUUGAACGAUAAGAACAAACAGGUGAUGAUCCUAUACCAGGAAAGAAUUAUGUUUAUAUUAUUAAAAAGGGUGAUCCUCCUGUUAUUACCUCAGAAUUCACAUACUCUAGAAAAUAUUUGACUGUUACCGAUAGAAAGGUAUAAUAUCAUGUUUACAAUGCUUAAAAUAUUGGUGAUGAUUCAAAUGAAGAGCCUCUAAGAAUUUUAUUAAGAGGUUAAUAUGCCUAUGGUACUCCAGGUAGUAGUAUUACAAAUCUUGAUGGAGAUUGCAUAAUUGAUUUGUUAAAAAAUAAUGAUAAGAAUGAUAUUGUAGAAACUAUUUAACAUUUGGAUAGAGGAUUAUUGAUAUAAGAUUUAGGCAUAAAACCAGAAGAUUAAGAAAAGUUUAAGUUUACUUUGAUAGAUUUUAAAAUAAUGCCAAAUGGUGAUAUCUAUGUAUUGGAUGCCUAUAAUGGUAUAUAUAUUUAUUACAUAAAUUCAAAAUCUGAAUUCAAAUUUAAGAGUAAGAUUGAUAUUGGAGAGGAUUUAGCAUAUGCAUUUGAUGUUAAUAAUAAGAUAGAUUAUUAAGGUAUUAGUCAUGUUCAUAUUGCUGUUGUUCAUUAAAAAUCAGUUGUUGAAUAUAUUGAUGGAGUAUAAAAAGGAGGAUGGUUGAAUGCAUUUGAUGCUAAACAUCCUUCAUUUAUUUUUGCAAGUUAAUAAUUUUUGAUUGUUAAUCCAGGAGGAAAUACAUUCUAUCUUUACAAUUCAGAUCAUCAAUACUUAAUUCAUACAGAAACUUUACUCACUAAAAUAUAUUUGGCAAAUCCUUAUGAACCAGAUCUAAUUGCUGUCACAAAUUCAUUUGCAUAUAGAUAUGAAAUUGGAUAUGCAAGAUUAGCAGUACAUUCAUAUGAUGCAACACUUGGAGAUAAUGAAGUGUAAUUCUCAGCAAUUGGAGAAGAUUAAAGAAGGUGUUCAGCAUCACUAAAAUAUCAAAUAAUUAAAGAAGGUGAUACUAAUAUUUAUCCUGUUGAUCAUAUUCCAUUUCCAAAUAUUAUGUAAUAUCCUUCUGAUCCAUUUUAUGUUUAAGAAUUAGCAGCAGGACCAAAUUUGAUAUAUACAAAUGGAGAUGAUUCAUAAAAAGAUCAUGUUAUUGUAGAUGUUCACACAGUUUGGGAACUUAAUGUUACUGGAUUGACUUAUCCAACUGUAACUGAUGUGGCAUAUGCAGAUAUAUUAAUUGAUCCACAUUGGGUUGAUGAACAUAAAUUUUGGUUCCUUUAUUAAUUAGAAUCAAGUAAAUAAAUUGAAAUAUUUGAAUGCACAACUUAAUCAUAUUUAUCAAGAGAUGUUCAUUGUGAAGAACAUGCAAAAUUCAAAAUUCCAAAUGUAUUAAAUCCAAGUACAUCAUAAUUUGAUUGGGAUGCAGAAGAAGGAGAUGUAUUAACACUUUAAUUUAUUGAACAUGAUUAUUAAAUUUCAAUAUAUGAAAGUACUCAUGAUUAAUCAGCUCCAUUAUUUGCUAUAAAAUAUGAUGAAUUACCUGAAAAUAAGAUUACAUCAUUUACUGUAUUAAGAAAAGCUAUUUAUGUUGUAUUACCUAAUAAAAAAGAAGUUGAUGCUUGGUUUGGAUUCUUCCCAACUCCAACAAAACAUAUAAUUUCUAGUUAAACAAUGAAAGAAUAGGGAAGUGAUAGAAUAUUUGAACCAAUUAGAGUAUUUGGUAAUCCUGCUUUAAAAAGUGAAUUUGUAUUAAUUUAAUCAAAAGAUUGCAUAUUCUUUGGAGACAUGAGAAAUACUUUUACUUUAAUUUAUAUAUUUGAUAUACUUCCUGAUGCUGAAGUUAGAGCAUAUUUAGGAAUGAGAACAAUCUUUAUAGUUUAAAAGAGUGUUUCCUAAGGAUUCAAGAUCUAAGAAUAUAAUUAUGAAAAAUUGAGUAACAUUUACUUGAUGAAAGAAUUACCAUUAUAUGAUUAUGUUAUUCAAACUCCAUUAACAACAGAUUUCUGUUAUUAAACUGGAUUCUUAUUUGUACGUGCCUUAGAUCCAUCUACAUAAGAAACUGUAAUAUUAGUAUAUGAAUCAGAUGUACUCUAUUAAUUAUCAUUACAUAAAGUAGUUAAAACACAUUUAAAAAUUAAUGAUGGUCAAGUUAUGAAUAUGGCUGCUGCUGGACGUGAUUAAAUGUACAUGUAUGUCAAUAAUCAAUAAAAUGUAUAAAAGAUGGUUGGAUUCUUAAGAGAUGCUGUUGCUAUAUUAUAACCAUCACAUCUAUCCAAUUAAUAUGUUACAAAUUUGAAGGCUACUGUCAAUAUCACUAAUUAAGCUACUACUAAACCUAUGUCGAUUUCAUAUCCUAUUAAAUAUAUAAAUACUUAAACUUAUAUUCAAAUUAAUUAAGAAGAAUUGACAAAACAAAAUGGAUAAUUUACAUUUAUUAAUUAAGCAGCAGAUUAAUAUAUGGAAAUUAAAACAACAGGAUGGUAAUCUGGAUAAGUUAUUAAAUAUGAUGCCACAUGUGAAUAAUGUGAAUCACAUUUAAUUUAAAUGGUUAAUCCAGUAUAUCAUAUUACUGAUGGAUCACAAUAUCAAUAACAUUUUGUAGAUGGAGUUGCUGUAGGAAAUGAAAUGAUCUUUUAAACUAUUGAUUCAAUUAUAUUUUAAGAUGCAUCUGGUAAAUGGAUUGGAACACAUAAAUUACCAGUUGGAAUUGGUGCUGAUUGUAUAUCAAUAACAGCAAGUGAAGAUGGAAAAAUGGUAUUUAGUGGAUGUGAAGAAAAAGGUGUUGUUAAUAUUUAUCUAACAUUUUGUGAUGGUAAAUCAUGCACAGCAGCUACACCUACAUUAUAAUAAAUUGCUUAAGGUGCAAAACAUCCAUCCAAAUUAUUAUAUAAAGAUGGAAUACUCUUUAUUUUAGAUAAUUAUAAUAGUAAACCUAAUUUAUAUGAUGGAACUGUUAGAAUCCACAAAGUUACUCUUAAUUAAGAAGCUAAAACUUGGGAUUUAGAUGCAGGAAAAGUUAUUAAUUCAUAAUUCUUGAGCACUGAAAUUAAUAUUCCAUUUUAAGCUGCAGAUUUUGAUGUUAUCAAAUAUCAAGUUGGUAAUGUUAAUUAUUAUAAACUUCUAUUAUCUAGUACUCUUAAGAGAGUAUGGUUUGUUGAUCUUUAUUGGGAUAAUGGAACAAUUAAAUAUGGAUAACAUGAUAAAUUUGAAAUCUUCAAUUUAAUUGGUCAGAAUUUAGCAAUUGAAGAAAUAACUAGAUUUUAUUAAAUUAGAGCAAUUAAAUCAACUAUAAAAGAUAAGAAAUUAUUAACAACUGCUUUAGUAUCUACUGAUAUAAUGGCAACUUAUGCUGUCACUUUUACUUUUGAUAUUUCAGAUCCUAUUAAAGGAGCACCUGUAGAAUUUGAUGGUACCAUUCCAUUCUUACUUGCUAAUUAUGGUACAUGGAAACAAUUAAAUAAACUUACACUCUUUGAAGAUCAUGUUGCCAUUGCUUAUACUAAAGAUAAGAGUAUCUUAGCUGCUGUUUAUCAAAUACCAAUUAUUGAUCAUAAUGCUAUUUAAGAAAGUUAAACUAAAAUUAUUACUCUUAUUGGAGGUGAAGAGGAUGAAUAAUAAACAUUCAUCUCUACAUAAUUUGUCAUGACUCUUUCAAAAGAUGUUGCAUUAGCAAGAGUAUAUAAUAUUAUAUUAUAAUUUAUAGCCUGUUCUUCAUACCAAUCUUGUAUAUAAUAUUGCAUAAAAAGAAAAUAUGUUAAUCAAAUAUGGAGUCACUGAUUAUCCAAGAUUAUUUAUUUAAAAGGGAGAUCAAAUCAAAGAAUAAAGUGUAUUUAUAACUGCUAGAAAUGAUUAUGGAACAGCCAAAGCAGUCAUACAUUUAACUAAAAAAAAUCCACCUGGUCCAAAUCCUCCAGGUCCUGAUCCAGAUGAUGAUAAGUAAUUAUUAUAUAUAUAUUACUUUAGUAAAGAGAGCAGUAAUUGGUGGUGGAUUACUUUACUCGUAAUCUUUGGAGUUGCUAUUAUAGGUGUUGGUGGAUACUUUGCUUAUUCAAAAUAUAAAAAUAAGAAUAAUGGUCCAUUACAUGUUUAAUCCUAUUGAU